CGGAGGGGGUUCGUUGACUAGGAAACAAUCGGUUGCUGGCAGACGGAGCGUAGGAUUUGACAGCGUGAGAAUACUCGUUAGACACAACGGUGGGUUUCGAAGUACGCCAGAGCCAUUCAGGUGGAGGCACGUGUUCGUGCAUCAGCAACGUGUACGAGCAAUAAGCCAUCUGGCAAUAGGAGAUAUAAACCUUAUGUAAGGGUUUGGAAGAAGCCUAAUAACUAUCUCGAAUAUUCGAACAAUGUACAUCAAAUAGUUUCUACGGCGUCGUAUUGAAGGAAAAUUAUUUGUGUUGAGUUUGUUUGGAGUCGAGAGCUCGGUGAAAGGUGUUACGGACUCGUAAUUUUGCCACUAUACAGUAGCUAAGGCAAUAUUACCCCAAAUUUAUCGAUCAAUAUCAAUCCGGAAUCUGGACAGUGGCAGCUAUAAAACAUAUAAGACAUCCGUCGCCGGAAACUAAUACCCGAUAUACUAGUGUCUAUCAAUAGACACUUUUGGCGCGCCAAGGCCACAAAUAUUGUGCACAGACGACGACUGCAGAGGAUAGCAAAAUACUUCUUUAAAGGCAUCUGAAGUAACACGGACGGAAGCAUUCACAAAGGAUACCUACAAAAUUUUGUCCAAAGCAUCUAUCCUCCAGUGUCAGAAACCACUACAGAAAAUAGCGAAACUGAGACGUUUUGUCCACUGCAUCUAUUGGAAACAACGUCGAGCACAGCUAAAUUUCUCCUUGCAAGGGCAUCUACAUCGACGAAAACUUACCGAAACUGCUAAAAACUAUGGUGAAAAAUAUAUCUGUUCAGCCGUUGAUGUCCGAUAAAGGGAAGGAAAAGUCUUUCGCUUUAUCAUGCCACUCAAGAGGAAGCCAGGCGUCUCUUAGGAGCCACAAGACCCACAACCCGCACCACGAGGAAGAGACCGUUCAACUCUUCACAGAGCUUGCAGCAAAAGGUUCCUCGGAGAAGCUGCGGAGUUUUCUUAAGGAGGACCCAUCGCGAGUCGGGCUAGUCGACCAGAAAGGCAGGUCUGCGCUACAUCAUGCGGCGGAAAAAGGCCAAAUUGAAGUUUUGGAAUAUGUCUUAUCCCUUGGCGAGGAUAUCAACCUGAAGGAUGACGAUGGGAACACCGCCCUCCACCUGGCCGCCCAGUCAGGCAAGAAGGAGGCUGUUCGAUUCCUCUUGGAGCACAAGGCGUCUUCCGAUUGCUUGAACAACAAAGCAGCCUCCCCCCUUCAUCUGGCGAUUCAGGAUGACAAGGCCGAGGUCGUCGAGGUGAUGUGCAUGUACAAGCAAGUUGAUGUCAACUUUCCGACGGGUUGUGGAGCAACACCACUACAUGUGGCUGCUUGGAUAAAUGCUGCCCGAUCUGUCAAGAUUUUGUUAAACGCCAACGCAAACAUAGAAGCCACGUGCCACCCCAAGCUAUUGACGCCGUUCCAUGCCGCAGCAAUUGCAGGGGCCGGUGAAAGCUUGAGGCUCAUUUUGGACUACGUGCAAGAGACUCUUCUCUCAAGUGACUUCUUAGGAUUGCCAGACGUGGAACAGAGCACACCUCUGCACUCAGCAGUCAGCAGUGGCAUCUUGGAGGCUGUGAAAGUCUGUUUGGAAGCGGGUGGGGACGCCGGGAGCCAACAGAGUGACAAGUCCACACCAAUCCACCUCGCCUGCGCCAAGGGAUCCGUGGAGAUGGUGAAGGUACUGUUGGAUUCUGGUGGGCCACAGAACCAUGGAUUCUUCACCAAGAACUACAUUGAACUUCGCGAUGGCAUGGAAAUGACUCCACUUCACCAUGCUGCACUCUACGACCACGUAGAGCUUUGUCAGUAUCUCAUCGAGAAGGGAGCCGACAUCAAUGCCCAGGACAUCGAGGAACGCACCCCACUGUUCCUGGCGGCGUAUAAGAUGGCCGCCAAUGUCAUGUGCGUCCUUCUGGCUCGUGGCGCGGACAUCACCAUCAAGGACAAGCUGCAAAGGAACUUCAUCCAUGCGGCAGUUAUCAGCCAUUGUAAACUGGAGGCGCUUGGGAAAGACAUCAGCAAGUAUGAUGAGUUAUUGAAUGAGAGGGACGACAACGGCUGCACCCCUCUGCACUACGCCUCCCAACUGGGCCUUCUCAACUCCAUGGAUAUGCUUAUCAGCACCGGGGCGGCUCUGAAUCCGAAAACAAACGCCAAGGAAUCACCGCUUCAUUUCGCUGCAAAGUACGGCCGCUUCAACUCGUGCGUCAAGCUCCUCAGUGGCAAAGACGGGUGUCACCUGAUCAACGAGGCGGAUGGCAUGUAUCAGACAGCACUGCACAUGGCCGCCGAAAAUGGACACGAUAAGGUGGUACAGCUUCUGAUGAAGAGAGGGGCCAUCAUACAAAAGGACAACAAUGCAAACACGCCACUUCACCUUGCAGCGAAAAACGGUUACAACCGGACCAUCAUGUCCAUCCUCGCCGUCCACGCCCACAUACUCAACAGUAAAGGAGAAAAUGGAAAUACAGCACUGCACUUCGCCUCUAUCGGUGGACAUUCCAGCGCUGUUAUCAUAUUGCUGAACGAAGGGGCGGAGAUUCUCUGCAAUUCAAACAGCGAGAGCUUCCUGGAUAUCGCCCUGACCCAGAAGUUCACAGACGUGGCACUUGCCAGUGUCAGGCAUGACAGGUGGGAGGAGCUGUUCAGCACUGGUAGUUGCAUCUAUAUGUGCUACGUACUGGGUUUCAUCAAGCAGUUACCAGAAAUAUGCCCUAUCGUCUAUGAUAGAAUGAUCAAAGUGGAGGAAGAUAAAAAUGGAAACACGGUGACGACGUAUAACUUCGCUCUCAUUCAGAUGAAUAUGAAAGACCAAUUAGAGAUGAGAAAGAAUGGUCAGCCAAUCAUGCCACUUGCCACACCAAAUACAAUGGUGGCCCACAACAGAGUUGAACUUCUGAAUCACCCACUGAUGGUUCAAUACCUCAACAUGAAGUGGAAUGCCUACGGACUGAAACUCUUUGUCUUGAGCGUGUUCGUAUACUCGAUAUUUCUUGCCGCGCUGACCUACUUUGUGACCAGUUUCCCAAAUUGGCAACACACUGAUAACAUCGUCGGGAACUACUCAGACGACGACUACUACAACCAGAGCUACGGCUACAAAUUCCAAUUUUCCAUUGGACAACUGAUCGCCGCGACAAUAAUCGUCGUCUUCUGUCUGUUGAACAUGGUGAAGGAGGUCAUACAGAUGGUACAGCAGAAAAUGAAAUAUUUCCUUGACGUCACCAAUCUGUUGGAGUGGAUCCUGUAUAUAAGCUGUUCCGUCUUUCUGUGUCCCUCCCUGACCAUGAGCACAUCGACUCACUUUCAGUGGGAGUCCGGCGCCGUUGCGACAUUCCUAGCCUGGGUCAACCUUCUUCUGUUUUUCCAAAGGUCAGGACGAUUCGGCAUCUACGUGGUGAUGUUCUUGGAGAUCUUGAAGACAUUGAUUGAAGUGCUCGUGGUGUUCUUCGUCCUCAUUGUGGCCUUCGGUCUCGCCUUCUACAUCGUUCUCACCAACAAGACAAAUUCCGAGAACGGCCAGGGCACUCUAGGGAUGAUGCUCCUCCGCUGCGCCAUGAUGAUGCUUGGCGACUACGACUUCAAGGAGACAUUCCUCUACCCCCUCACCGAUUCGGACACCACAACCGCCCACUUCGCCACGCUGACCGUGGUCCUUCUGGUCGCCUUCAUACUCCUCAUGCCGAUAUUACUGAUGAAUCUACUGAUCGGUUUGGCGGUCGGUGAUAUCGAGAGUAUUCAGAGGAACGCUAGACUGAAGAGAAUUGCCAUGCAGGUUGAACUUCACACCGAUCUUGAAAAGAAGCUUCCGGCCUUCUUCCUAAGUCACGUCGACAAACAGGAAGUCGUGGUGAAACCCUGUUGCUCUGGAUACUCCAAAGUCUUGAGUUCAAUUUCCACUUCGCGGCUCGGAGAGGGGGGUUCGGAAUUGGAUGCGGACGCGAAGAAAGAUGCCUUUGUGUAUGAAGAGCUCUUCAAGCAGAAACAAAAAAUGAAAGAAUUUUCUCAAACGUUGGAAAAGACAUUCGACCUGGUACGCCUGAUGGUUCAAAAAAUGGAGAUCAAGACUGAAGCGGAAAAUAGGGACGAGGGAGUCAGCCCCUGUGAAAGCGGGCAGGCGGCUCUCAACAAACACAAACUCCAACUUGCCGUCUUAUCAAAGUUAAAGCGAUAGACGAUAGGACAAUGGCAUUAUGGAUGAGGAGGUCUGCCCCUGUGAAAGCGGGCAGGCGGCUCUCAGCGUACACAAGCUCCAACUUGCUGUUUUGUCAAAGGAAAAGCGACAGGCAAUGCAUGUAGGGUUAUAUUAAGGUGACACUGACAUUUGUAACUAUGUUAUCAACUUUGUUACAACUCCAUCAUAAACUAAAGGACUAUGGCACACUGAAAUUUGUAAAUACGUUAUAAACUUAGUUACCACCUGUCUCAAGAACACUGAUAUCGUCUGGUACAACCAAUUUCACCAGUCUUAUAAAUAUCUAUAAUAGUACCUAUGUGUGUUGUCCUGUGCUGUGUGAUCGUAUGAAUGUGUAUAUUCAGUAUUCCAUUGUCUUCAACGUGAGAUCGAGAAACAAAAUUAACUUACUUACAUGUACAUGUACUUACUUAUCAAGUAUAUACAUGUACUUGGUAUCAUGGAUGAGGAAGUCAGCCUCUAAGAUACCUUGCAGGCGGCUGUCCUGUAAAAGAUAAAGCGAGACAGACACUCUAUAGGCUAGGUGGCUCUGUAACCAUGUCCCAUUACGCACAAUAUAUAUCAGUGCACAUGGCAAAAUCAAAAGUGGCGCAAAUUAGAUAUUCAUAAACACGGAAGUUAAAAUGUACUAGCAUUAUGCAUAUGCUGUAGGGCACUGUAGCAUGGGACAUUACGUGUGAUCACAAGUGAUGGACCUUCGUGUCCGAAAUAGAUAUCUUUUCUGUCGAGCCAGCACGCCAUGGUUGUGGUAUAAUCCUGUACGGUAUAGGCCUUCUUCACCAAUACAAUGUGAUAGUUAUGAAAAUAAUAUAUACCGCGUGUAAUGAAA